UUCCAUCUCCAACCUCCAAGCUCACGAACACCAGCUCGACAAGAAACCAGUGGCUCAGCCAUGAGGUGGGGGCUUAGAAGCAGUAAGCAACAGCAGAGGGAGGCCCUGCAACCAGUAGAGCAAGAGCGACAGCAAGAGAGCAAGGCGAAGAACAAGGCGAUCUUCUCGUCCUUCUGGCCGUUGGCGUGGCUCUCGAAGCUCACGGCCAAGAACGGCGCGGGCGCUGCUAGUGCUAGGCCCGGGCACGCCACGUCCGCGGCAAAGAGCACUGCCCAGGGCGCCGCCACGUUUCCGUCGUGCUUCCACAAGCCCGCGAGCCCUAGCCCAGCGUCGGCGUCGCGGAGCAGCCUGGCUGAUUCGUCAUCAUCCGCUGCCGAGACAGCUGACGACAUUGCCAACCGUCGCGACGACACCGGGGCCAAGACGGCGGAGAUCGCACCGCGUCGCCGCUCGGUGGGCAACGACGAGACCGGGUCCGAGGCCGCGGCCGCGCGGCAGCUGUGCCGCCGUCGCCACUACUCAGUCGGCGGCGACCGCGACCUCCCGCCGAUCGGCCACCACGUCUCCCUCUCCCGCUCCGCCUCCCCGAAGGCGCUGCCCACACCGGCGCCGGUGCGGACGCUGGCGCCGACGCUGCCUCCGCUGCCGUCCGACACGGACGAGGAGAAGCGGCCGCGGAGCCGCCGCCGCCGGCACCGCCGCGUCGUCAGCGGGCGGAGGUCGUUCUCCUCCUCGAAGGCUCCCGGCGCGCGGCUGGCGUCGGGGGUGCGCGUGCGGUCGCCUCGGCCGAGCAGCGCCGCGGCGGCGGUGUCGGAGCUGGAGCGGUUCGCGGUGGUGCGGCGGACGCGGGACCCGCAGCGCGAGUUCCGGGCGUCGAUGGUGGAGAUGAUCGCGAGCAAGCGCAUGGUGGGGCGGCCUGAGGAGCUGGAGACGCUGCUGGCGUGCUACCUCUCGCUCAACGCCGACGAGCACCACGACUGCAUCGUCAAGGUCUUCCGCCAGGUCUGGUUCGAGCUCAACAACAACAGCACUACCUCCCGUGCCGCCGCCCCGCUGCAGCGCACCUGAUGAGCCUGCACACCUACCUACCACGCGCGCGCCCAUGCAGCAGGAUCAGGAAGCAGCUCGAGAUCGGCAGGCAUCCUCGCGCGCGUCGGCAUCCAUCAUGGCGUGUCCGGAGCCGACGUGGACGCUGAUUUCCACGCGUUUUUUUAGGCGUACGUGCCGACGUGGCCUUUCCACGCGUGGCUGCGGAAAGCUGAGGGGGCGUGGUACCCCGCGCUCGCUUUUGAGACGCCUUGUUGUUUGCGAGUUUGCGCGCGCUGGACGACGGAAAUUGUUGCCACUAUGCAGUAGUUGUACUGUGUUACUGUAAAACUACUGCUCGAGAGCAACUGUUUCUCGAGUGCUGUGUGUUUGCCUAGCCCAGCUUCAGGGUCAGUGAAACGCACGGGGAAGGAAAAAAAUAGAGGGUGUUCGGAUCCUGGACUAAUUUUAUUUUUAGUUCGGGUGAUAUGGGAUGUUUUGAUACCAA